AUGUCUGAUAACACUACGUCCUGGAGUGAUCUCGGCCGUGUCAAGUUUUCCAAAUCUAACUCAGAGGUGUUUAACCCACCUGUAUUUGAGGCUAUUGAAGGCGCGGGACCAAGAGCACCAACAACCCAAGCUCUCUCAGUGGUGGGUGUUGAUAUGCUUGUGGCAGACAACAAUAAUGCACACAACACCAGCAGGUAUGAGAACACCAACCUCAUUGUGCGCAGGAAUAAAGAAUUCUUUAUCGUCAUCAGCUUUGACAAACCCUUCAAUGACAAGCAGGACAAUGUGCAGCUGGAGUUCAUGAUUGGCAGUUCACCGAAUGAAAACAGGGGCACCUACAUCAUUGUGUUCAUCGGAAAAGGGAGACGUAAUGGGCGCUGGAAGGGUCGCGUGAUUGGCAUGCAAGGCAAUGAUGUGACAGUGGGCAUAACACCUGACGCUGGCUGCAUCAUUGGCCGCUUCAGCACUUUUGUAACAGUAAUCACUAAUGUUGGAAAACAGCGCACUCCAAAGAACCCUGACACUGAUUUCUAUGUGCUGUUUAAUCCUUGGGACCCCGCGGAUGUGGUGUAUAUGCCCAGAGAUUCCGACAGACAGGAGUAUGUGAUGAAUGAUGUGGGCAUCAUCUACAAUGGAGAAUUCAACAACCAAUUCCCCCGUUCAUGGAACUACGGCCAGUUUGAUGAGGGGAUUCUGGAUGCCUGUCUUUUCGUUCUGGAUGCCGGCAAAGUACCACUGCUUUACCGUGGAAAUGCCAUUGAAUUAGUUCGGCAGGGAUCAGCUCUGAUGAACUCCCAAGAUGACGAUGGUGUCCUGGUUGGCAACUGGAGUGAUGAUUACUCCAUUGGCACAGCACCCACUGCCUGGACAGGAAGUCCUGAAAUCCUGCUCAAAUAUGCCAAAGGUGGUUUGCCUGUGUGCUUUGCACAGUGCUGGGUGUAUGCCGGUGUGCUGAACACUUUUUUGCGUUGUCUUGGGAUGCCCUCACGAGUCAUCACCAAUUACUCCUCUGCUCACGACAACUCGGGCAACCUGAAGACUGACCUUAUACUGGACGAAGAUGGGACAAUAAACAGAAGCCUAUCAAGAGAUUCAGUCUGGAACUACCACUGCUGGAAUGAGGUGUACAUGAGGAGGCCUGAUCUGCCUGAAAAAUACUCUGGCUGGCAGGUGGUUGACGGCACACCUCAAGAGACCAGUGAUGGUCUUUAUCGAUGCGGCCCAACGUCUGUCAUUGCCAUUAAAGAGGGAGAGCUCAGCUAUCCAUUUGAUGCCAGGUUUGUCUUUGCAGAGGUGAACAGUGAUGUGGUUUACUAUCAAUCUGAUAAGUACGGAAACACAAAGAUCAUCUCUGUGGACACCACGAAUGUUGGAAAGCUCAUUGUCACCAAAAGAGUGAACAGUAAUGCCUAUGAGGACAUCACUUCUACCUACAAAUACCCGGAAGGCAGUGACAUGGAUAAGAAGGCCAUGCAGAUGGCAGAGAAUCGUGGCGUUCCUGCCAGGGAUUACACGCCUCCCGCUAAAACAGGUGUGGAAAUCGAGCUCCAGGCCGACACCAUCAACAUAGGUGAAAACUUCAAGCUGACGCUGAACAUUAAGAACCAGACCGGCCAAAACUGCACCCUUGAUGCCACCAUCACUGGCUGUGUGGUGUACUACACCGGCGUCACCAGCUCAAUCUUUAAGAUUGAAAGCAAAACUGCAUCUGUGGAUCCCUGGAAAACCACGAAAGUGAUGUUCGAUGUCACAGCUUCAGAGUACAUGCCCUACCGGGUGGAUCAGUCCAACCUGCUCUUUGUGGCAUAUGGACGCAUUCAGGAAACCGGCAGGGCCCUUACGACAACGAGAGUUGUCGCCCUCCGUCCUCCUGAACUCACAAUUAAGGUGACUGGAACACCCCGCGUCGGCAAGGAUUUCGUGGUUACCGUGUCGUUCCGAAAUCCCUUUAACUUCGUCCUGAAAAACGUUCAGCUGCGCCUAGAAAGCCCUGGACUGAUUUCGACCAGAAAGAAAACAUACGAUCAGAUCGCACCUGGAGGCACUGUGCAAUAUACAAACACGAUCACCCCUUGGUCUUCUGGGAAAAAGGUGCUGAUAGCGUGUCUGGACUGCGCUACAGUGAGGCAGGUCACCAGUCAGCUGGAAAUCAUUGUCCAGUAACGGAUAAAGGAUUGCCACGUGGGAACCAGAGAGAAAAAGUGUUCCCAAUACCAUUUUGUUGAAUUGCUUUGCUUUCUUUACAAAUAUUAUCGAAAUAAUAACAAGCUAGUAUUAUUAUUUUUCUUUACACCCACGCCUUCCUAAACUGAAUUAUUAAUAAUAUAGUGUUUCAAGCAUUUUAAGCAAAAGGUUUUAAUUUGUGAACUCAUUUAACUGUUUAAAAUACACACAAUCAAACAUUAAGUACCCAAACAGAAUGCACAGUCACCCUGGGAGUCUGAUAUAUUCUGAUUAGCAAAGUGUGGAUGUAAGAAAUCGUGCAGUUAUCAGAAUAAGUUGCAAAUUGGGAAUGGAAGGAAGAGUGGAAAAAGCAGGAGAACCCCAUAAUAUUUGGAAUUUCAGUUAUGACAAACUUAAAGCUAAGAAAUAACAAAGGUGUAUUCAAAUUUAAGAAAAUGAUUUUCUGAUAUUACACAUACAUCUAAAUUACCUGACAGUUUUGGUUGUGUGCACAAUUAACAUGUAUUAAACUUAUUAAUUGGACUGUAUUAAUUGGACUGUAUUAAUCAGAAUAUGUUGCAUAUUUUCUCUGCUAAAAUGCCACUGACUGUGUUUGACAAAUAUAAACUAACAAUAAACCUUCAGCAUGAAAGCA